AUGAUUGAUAAAUUAAAAGAUUUUCUCGAUUCAAAACUUACGUUUUAUCGAGUUGAAAUUGAAUGUGAUUUAACAACAAUUAAUUCUGUAAUCAUCGCUUCAAUAGCUUGUCAUGCAUUAGAUUAUUUUGAUAAAGGUACAAAAAAUGAAGAACAAAUUUCUGUUGGAUUUAAUAUUAUUCUAUUAGCUCGAAAUUAUGAUAAUCAAGAAAAUGAGACAGUCGGAUUAAAUGAACAAGUUUAA